AUGAAAGAGGUUCCUUUGUCAUCUGCAGAUGAUGAGACAGAAUACUACCUCGCAUCCGCCGAUGACGUCCGCAUCGCCCUCGCGAAAUGGAAACGGAGAUACUACACCUUAGCAGCCCUCUACAUCUUCACCGUCCUUCUCGUCGUGGCAUAUAUCCCAAUGUCUGAUAGCCUAGAAACUGGGGCAGUCCGCUCGGAGGCUUAUUUUGGAAAUAGUGUGUUCUCGUUCAUUGUCGACGUACCGAAGGAGAUGGUCAAAUUCAGGCUGGAUGAGGCGUUUGUCAAUGCAGGGUCGGGGACACCAGGGAACCGGUCAGUGUGGGACAUGUUGUUUCCCCUUGGCGCAGGGUUCGUAGAGGUUCAGAAACCGUGGAACUACGGUUUAAGGGGGGGGUUCCCGGUCCCAAACACCGAAGUGGCGACAGAGAUAUACUCCAUCUCAAUGUUUCACCAGCUCUACUGUCUGUCAAUACUCAGGGACGCCUUCGGUCGCGACAGAGACGUGAGCGAAAACCAAGCGGCGGAAAAUAACUUGGGUCACUGCUUCGACUAUCUGCGUCAGGCGAUCAUGUGUACGGGCGAUACAACGCUGGAAACGGCACUGGUAAACGCGGAUGGCGAUGUAAUACCUGGUUUCGAUGGAUGGGGCGAUGUACACGAGUGUCGGAGUUAUGAGGCGAUAUUUGAUUUUGCGGCGGCGCAUCGGGUGAAAGAUGACACUUGUCUUAUGUAGGUUGUAUGAUAGGCGUUAGUUUAUUACUUGCCAGAGGCGAACA